CACAGGGGCCUGGGAGGGUGAGACACGCACACACAGGCCUGGGAGGGUGAGACACGCAUGCACACAGGCCUGGGAGGGUGAGACACUCACACACACACACACACACACACACACACGCCUGGGAGGGUGAGACACACACACAAUCUAAUCUGCUGUUCCAUUGGUAAGUGGGAAGAAAGAGCAAUGUUUCAGUCCUCUGCAGUCUGCUAGCGUGUUAGCCAUUUGCUCAACCAAUCAGCGAACAUAGGUCAACCAUAUGGAGUCAGUCAGUAACAAGGAAGGCUUAGCCAUGUGGAGAAAUACAGAACAUUUAGAUGUGUUGUGUCAUGUAAAGAUAAUUGAUAGACUGGUGUUGGGUCAUGGUUAGCUAGAGUAUAGAGAGGGUUAAUAAAACAUUAAAACAUGUUUUAUUGUCCCAUACACUGGAAAGGUAACGUAAACUAACUCCCUCUUGUACAUCGCCUUGGUCUGUACAUUUGACCUUAUUUUAGCGCCCCAAAAACGUAAUACUUCCAGAUACACUGUAAUGUCAAUACCAUUGUAAAGCAUAAUUUUUCCCCUUUCCAACAAAAUCCAUGACGAGACCAUCACGCUGCCCGUUUCUGCAUGACUCAAGAAGACAAUGAGCUCUGUCAGGUCUUUUAAAAAAUGGACACAGCCCUGUGGACUACAAGCUGCUGUCUGUCCAGGUGAUGAUUCGCCAUGGCGACCGUUACCCCCUUUACGCCAUCCCCAAAACCAAGCGGCCUGCCAUCGACUGCACCCUGUCCCCAAAGAGGAAGCCCUCCCACCCCCAGCUAAAAUCUUUCAUUGGUCACAUGGCCCAGGGGGGGCAUGGCCGCUGGGAGGGGACUCUCAGCUCGUUGCCCCGUCUCCCUAACCACAGCGCUUGUGAGAUGGGCGAGCUCACUCAGACAGGUGUAGUGCAGCAUUUACGCAAUGGCCAGCUCCUUCGCCAAGCCUACAAGCGCCACAAACUUCUCCCGCCCGAUUGGUCGACCAAGCAAGUGUGGGUGGAGACUACGGGCAGGAGCCGCACCCUCCAGAGUGGGAUGGCUCUUCUGUAUGGGUUCCUGCCAGACUUUGACUGGAGCCGUCUGACAGUCCACCACCAGUGGAGCACGUUGUUCUGUGGUUCAGCCUGCGACUGUCCUGCUAGGAACCCCUAUCUGGAGGAGGAGCAGAGGAGACAGUACCGCCUCAGAGCGGCAGACACUGAACUGGAGAGGACCUACGCAGACAUGGCCCGUACACUAGGUCUGCCCCCGCGCCAGCUCAGAGCUGCCAACCCUAUAGACUCUCUGCUGUGCCACCUGUGCCACGGCCUGUCCUUCCCCUGUGUGUCAGCAGGGAGUGCUCUCGGCAGUGGGGGCUGUCUGACUCUGGCCCAGUUCGCUGUGAUCCGGAGGCAGCAGUUAGAGGACGAGGUGGACAGGAGGAGGGUGGGACUGUAUCGCCGCUACGCCGUGCUCGCCAUGCACCCCUACCUCAACCGCACCGCCAACAGGUUGGAGCGCGUCGCCAAGGCCUACGCUCCGGGCCGAAAACCCCGCGCUGGAGAGGAGGUGUUCACCCUGUCCUCGGCUCACGACGUCACCGUGGCGCCGUUACUAAGCGCCCUGGGCUUGGAGGAGGCAUUGUUCCCGAGGUUUGCAGCAAGGGUUGUGUUUGAGUUGUGGAAGAGUCCGCACGCAACGCAGGGACCACGUAAGGGGCAACAACAGAGUCAGAAUAAGGCUUCUGGGGUGAAAGGGGAGAGGUCAAAAGGUGGUAACAUGUUUGUGAGGGUUCUGUACAACGGAGAGGACGUAACAUUCCAUACCACCUUCUGUCGUUCACAUGACCGCCAUGCCACACAACCGCUAUGCCCCCUGGGUAACUUCCUGUCUUUCGUCAGGAAAGACAUGUUUGGUGUCCUCAACGCCACGUCCUACCACGACGCCUGCUACCGACAGACAGGCUGACUGACAGAGGGAUGGAGAGAGAGGAGGAGAGGAAGGGAAUCAUUUAGCUGAUUUUGGAAUUUGUUAAUAGCUCUUUUCCCACUUUGAUCGUCGUGCCCUAUUGAACUAUUUUAAUGUGUUAAAACUUUGACAUUUCUCUAAAGUCAAAAAACAUUCCUAGAAAGCAUAGAUACUGAUCAUACAUGUCAUGCACACAAACACACUGCAUAAAUACACAUUUUCACCAACAAAUUCCUAUACACAAACACUAUAUACACACUCUUCAUGCCUUCUUGAUCAGAUGUAUUUGUCAAUGAAGUUAACAAUGACUUCUAAACUGACAGCCUUGUGGUGUUGACAAUCACACCCGGAUACUUAACCUGCAAAUAUACUCAUUUGAACGUUGACCUUUCUACCAUUUUUACGUUUUUGAAAUGUUUGUAAGAGAAAGACAUUCUAGGAUGAAAGUUAAGUACUCAAACACUUCAUUCGCACAUUCCUGCAUUCCAACUGGAAAUGUUGAGAUUCCGCUUUUCCCAAAUUCCUGCAUAGAAAAGAGGAACAUUGAAACUGGAAACACGAAUGCUGGAUUAGUUCAUAUAAAAUGUUGAAACUGCCAAUUAUAAUUUGUCUCGAUAUUGUUCUUACAUUUUGAUUAAAAUGGUGCUGGAGACCAAUAGAAUUAGGGUCGUUUUUUCUGUAUAAUUAAUUCAUUUGAGUUUACUGCUGAAAAAAGAGAUCAGCCACAUACUGUUCUUUCAGGCUGAUUUCAAUGUUAAGAAUUAAGUCAUCCCAACAAUUUACACUCAAUGUUUACUCAAUAAUGAAAAUAUUCCACACCUUAGUAAAGGCUAGUUUUUAUGGUACUUAGAUUUCACUGCUGCUGUAAGAUGGUAAUAACAGUUGAUACAUAUGUCAUCAGUAAAUUGUACAUUUUUCCACUACAUGAAGGAAACCAUUUUUCAGUUGGGACUAUUUUUAUUAAUGAUGUUCAUAAUUUUGAAUAAUUGCAAUUUUUACUGUAAAGCACAUUACACUGUCUGCAAAGAAGUAAUAAAACUUGUUUCCUCACAA